GACUGCUUCCAUGCUCUUCCCCUGCUCACUCUAGUGUAUUGGAGGCUUCUCGUUCUCUGGUCCUUGAUCGAAUCAGGUCGCUCUCCCCGCUUCAAUCUUAUGGAUACGGAGACUUGUCCUUCAAUCAAAAACAUUCUUCUUCUUGACUCUGAGGGGAAACGAGUAGCUGUAAAAUAUUACACAGAUGACUGGCCAACACUGGCUGCAAAAUUGGCAUUUGAGAAAUCUGUGUUUACUAAGACACUGAAGACAAAUGCUCGAACUGAAGUUUACAUGCCAGUGCUUGUGUGCUAGAAUCUCUGACUUGUGCAUUAUUCUGUCAAUGAAAGCGGAGAUAACAUUGUUUGACGGUAACAUCGUCGUGUACAAGUUUGUUCAGGAUCUGCAUAUUUUUGUUACUGCGGGAGAUGAUGAGAAUGAACUCAUUAUAACCACAGUGCUUCUGGGGUUCUUUGAUGCAGUUGGCCUUCUUCUCAGGAAUGAGGUAGAUAAACGGACAGCACUUGAAAACCUGGAUUUGAUCUUUCUUUGCCUUGAUGAAAUUGUUGAUGGAGGGAUGGUUCUUGAAACAGAUGCUAGUGUCAUUGCCGGAAAAGUUGCAACCCGGGGCCUGGAGGGGGCUGGAUCCUUGUCUGAGCAGACCAUAUCUCAAGCCCUAGCCACGGCUCGUGAACACUUAGCAAGAUCUCUUCUUAACUGAUGUGCUCGGGUUUUUCCCUUUUCCUUUUUUCUUUCCUUUUCUGGUGGUAGUAAAUUGAUUCUUUAAAGCCAUUGAGGCUUUUUUUUUUUUCUGUAACCUGGAAUAUAAUUUAUAACUCAAAAUUAUGAGAGGGUAGCUGUCAUGCGGAUUGCAUAUCUGGUCCUUUUCAAAUUGUUAUGAGACAAUAUGCUUGCUAUUUAGUUUGGAAUUACAGGUGGCAGGAGAAUUAAGAUUCAUCAUUUGUAAGUGUUAAAUGCACCAAAGGCCAUUAAAAACUUAUUUCUGAACACUAGAUGACAAGUAGUUUUGCAAUAUUUUUUGGUCUGUUCUUCCAAAUUUGCUUGCAAUGAUCAGGUUUUAUAGGAUCAGUGUUGAAAGGACAGAGGCCUUAUUUCAUCUCUUUCAAAUGUAUUACAAUCAUUAUGGCAGCUAGUAUCAGUCGGACUGGGAACUAACAUUUGCACAAUGCUUCAUAGCUCAAGCAAUCUAUAAAGUUCAAAAGGAGAGAAUCCUCUCCUUUUGCUUUAGACCAAUAGAGAAGUCCUGAUCUACAAGGUUGGUUACGCAGUCUAGCGCUUCAGAUCUACAGUAGAUGAUAUCUCAGGCCCCGAUGAACAUCAAGCAAAUGGUCAACUAAAUCCAUCUUGUAGCAC